CGUUCUGGUCUGUGAUUGGUCCAGGCGUUGACUCCUUUACGGCCGCACGCACCGCCCCGUCCUCUCGUGCUGGAGAAAAGAACAUGGAGACAGCUGGAAAAGUGAUCAAGUGCAAGGCAGCUGUUGCCUGGGAACCUGGGAAGCCUCUUACCAUUGAAGAGGUGGAGGUAGCACCACCUAAGGCCCAUGAAGUCCGCAUCAAGAUCUUUGCCACCGGAGUGUGUCAUACAGAUGCCUACACCCUGAGUGGCAGUGACCCCGAGGGACUUUUCCCUGUAAUCUUGGGCCAUGAGGGUGCUGGGACAGUUGAGAGCGUCGGUGAGGGUGUCACCAAAUUCAAACCAGGUGAUACUGUCAUUCCGUUGUAUGUGCCACAGUGUGGUGAAUGCAAAUUCUGCAAAAAUCCCAAGACCAACCUUUGCCAGAAAAUUAGAGUAACCCAGGGCCAAGGCCUGCUCCCUGACAAGACCUCACGCUUCACUUGCAAGGGAAAGCAAGUGUUUCACUUCAUGGGUACCAGCACCUUCUCUGAGUACACCGUGGUGGCCGACAUCUCUCUGGCCAAAGUGAAUGAGAGUGCUCCACUGGAUAAAGUGUGCCUUCUUGGAUGUGGCAUUUCCACAGGCUACGGUGCCGCUCUUAAUACUGCCAAGGUUGAGCCUGGUUCCACAUGUGCUGUAUUUGGCCUUGGAGCUGUCGGCUUGGCUGUAAUCAUGGGCUGCAAGGUAGCUGGGGCAACCAGGAUCAUUGGCGUGGACAUCAACCCUGCAAAGUUUGAGAAAGCCAAGGAGUUUGGAGCCACUGAGUUUGUGAACCCCAAAGACCACAGCAAGCCCAUCCAGGAAGUUCUGGUGGAGAUGACUGACGGGGGUGUGGACUAUUCCUUUGAGUGCAUUGGAAAUGUGCAGAUCAUGAGAGCUGCUCUGGAGGCAUGCCACAAAGGAUGGGGUGAAAGUGUCAUUAUCGGUGUAGCCGGAGCUGGACAGGAGAUAUCGACCAGACCAUUCCAGCUGGUGACAGGCAGAGUGUGGAGGGGAACAGCCUUUGGAGGCUGGAAGAGUGUGGAGAGUGUUCCUAAACUGGUGGAGGACUACAUGAAUAAGAAGCUGAAGGUGGAUGAGUUUGUUACACACACCCUGCCCUUCGAGCAGAUCAAUGAGGGAUUUGACCUCAUGCAUGCUGGGAAGAGUAUUCGCACAGUGCUGACCUUUUGAAGCACCUACAACAUUGACAUCCUUCACAUCCUGCCUUUAAACAAUCUCCUUCCAUAGCUGCAGCACUUAAUUGAUUUCUGCACUUAUUUGAUAACAUAACUUAAAAUGUUAGAACAUCAUUUUUAUUAACAACAGCAUACCUGUUCAAAACAAAAACAGUGCCAUUAAAUUUUUUUUUGGAAAUGCA